CUCCAGGGUGGCUUCCAGACUUCAGGUAUGGGGCUUUUGAGGGCUUGCGCCUCUGCUGUGGUUUUGGUGCUGUCCACUCUUGAGACCUGGGCCCUGGACAGCUACAUUGCAGCUGUCUAUGAGCACAGCGUGCUCUUACCUGCUUCUCCUGAGGAAGCCUUGAUGCUGAUGGACAGAAACUCAGAGCAUUCAAGCAACUGCCAGGCAGCAGUCAUGGUUCUUCCCUGGCCUGUAGUGCAUGCUGCGGUGUUUGCCCUGGCAGCCCUACAGGUCCUGGCCUCAGACACCUUCACUGCAGCUGUGUACGAGCAUGCCGUCAUCCUGCCACGUGCCACUCAUGAGACGGUUUCUCCUGAAGAUGCUUUGGCCCUGAUGAACAAGAACAUGGACAUCUUGGAAGGAGCCAUCAAGGAAGCAGCCCAGCAGGGCGCGCACAUCAUUGUGACUCCUGAGGAUGGCAUUUAUGGCUGGGUUUUCACAAGAGAAACUAUCUACCCGUACCUGGAGGACAUUCCUGAUCCAGAGGUGAACUGGAUUCCCUGCACUGAUCCCACAAGAUUUGCUCCAGCACCAGUGCAGGAACGGCUCAGCUGCAUGGCCAGGAAUAACUCCAUCUAUGUGGUUGCAAACAUCGGGGACAAGAAGUCGUGCAAUUCCAGUGAUCCCAGUUGCCCCAGUGACGGUCGCUACCAGUACAACACCAAUGUCGUCUUUGACUCAGAAGGGAAACUGGUGGCUCGUUACCACAAGUACAACCUAUUUAGACAAGAAACACAGUUUAAUUACCCUAAAGAGCCAGAAGCUGUCACCUUCAAGACACCCUUUGGGAAGUUUGGCAUUUUCACUUGCUUCGACAUCCUUUUCCGGGAGCCUGCCGUGGUGCUGGUGAGCGAGCUGCAGGUGGACACGGUGCUCUUCCCGACGGCCUGGAUGAAUGUCCUGCCCUUUCUGACUGCUGUGGAGUUUCACUCUGCCUGGGCUAUGGGCAUGAGAGUCAAUUUAUUGUCAGCAAAUACUCACAACAUCAGAAUGUCUAUGACAGGGAGCGGGCUGUUCACACCCGGUGGAGCGGCCGCCUACUACUACAACAGUGAGACAGAGGAGGGACGUCUCCUGGUAGCCGAGCUGAGCGCACGACCCCGUCUUUCUCCCACCUACCCUCCUGCAGUCAACUGGAGCUCAUACGCUACAAGCAUUAAACAGUUUACAGAAGACAACACUUUUCUGGGAGCUGUUCGGCGUGAUAUAUUCACUUUCAGUGAACUCAAGCACGAAGCUGGAAAUUUUACAGUUUGCCAGAAGGACCUCUGCUGUCAUUUGACCUAUAGGAUGUCAAACAAGAGCAAUGAUGAAAUUUAUGUACUUGGUGCAUUUGAUGGGCUUCAUGGUUCUGUCAUAAAAUACCAUUGGCAGGUAUGCACGCUGCUCAAGUGUAGGAGCACAGACCUGAGCACAUGCGGGCAGCCGGUGGAGACUGCACAGACCAAGUUUGACAUGUUCUCCCUCAGUGGCACGUUUGGCACUAACUACGUCUUUCCAGAAGUCUUGUACAGUGGGGUGCAGCUGGCCCCUGGGGAAUUUGAGGUGCUACCUGAUGGACGUCUGGAAAGUAAGAAUACCACAUCGAAGCCACUCUUAACAGCAACGCUUUUUGGAAGACAUUAUGAAAAGGACCUGAAGCAUCCCCUGCAAACCUCCCCAUAAUGUAACUCCUUAACUCUUACACUGUCCGCAUAGACAAGAUGAGAAUUUCCCAUGGUGAUCCAUGAGAUCCUCAUGGUUUGUGGCAGUUAUCCUGUAUCAUUCCUGUUCUGCAGUCUUACACUUCUGCUUAGCAGCUGUGGCAGUUCAGUUUAUUUAGGAGAAAGAGAUGUGAUCACUGUGGUGUACCUGUAUCAAUGGUACAUCAUUUAAAUAGUGCUUGAGCCAAUACAACUAUUAUUUAUGCUCAGUCACAUGAAUCUCUGAUUAGAAAGUAUUUUUUUUUUCAAAGAUAUAACAUAGGUGGCCAGGAUAAUGCUAGUCAGACACUGAUACUGAAAUGUGUGAAAUAUGAAGUUUGCCAAUUUACUGCUGAACAAAUUUUCCCCAAAGAAGCCUUCUUGUCCCUUCUGCCCCUUCCUGUUUUUCAUGAACACUUCAUGAACAACUGUCCAUGUUCCUCAGCCUUACACACCAUUCAGCAGGGCCUUCCUAAUGCUCAGUGGGCCUUGAUGACAUUCAGACCAAGGUACUUUACAAUGAAGAAAAAAAACAGAUUUGAAAUGGUUUUAGGUGCAGCCUCAGAGAGAGAAAGUGGUUCUCCAUGACCCACACAGACACCAAGUCUGUUCCAUAAAGGAACUUCAGUUCUGCAGUUCCUCUGAGCUUUCAUGGCACGCAUGGCAUGCAUGGCAUACACAUGCUGGGUCCAAGCAUUUCAGAUCAGGCUUACCAUAUAAACAUAGUGUACUCCAGCAUUCCACUGGGUAUUUGUAAAAUUUCUUCAGAACUGUGAAAAUGAAGGAAAUAUGUAAUGUUUUAGUACCCAAGACACAUUUGACCAUGUAGUGUGAGAAAUGUGCAUUAUUUGGGACUUCUAGCCAUUAUUUUAUCUAUGUCCCAUUAAUUGGGACAUGUGAAACUUGGCAACCCUUGUUGAACAUUGGUUUGCACUGGGGUCACCAGCCACACACAUACAGUGAGAAGUGUCUCUGCAGCUGAGCAGCCAGGAGCUUUGCCUUGGGGGUGGUUCCCAAGGUGAUGCUUUCCCAUCCAUCCUCUGAGUGCUGCUCACUCAUCCAUGUGCCCCUAAAGAGGUAAAAGAGCAACCAACGCCUCACAAAUGCUCUGAGAAAGGCAAGUGCUACCCUGACAUUCAAACUCCAUUACUGAAAAUGACCUUAAAUUUUUUAAAAGGCUUCUUCCUGCAGCCCUCUUACCACACAGGUGCUGAAAGAACAGCAAACUCCAGGCACCUCCUUCUUAUGAACCCUGCCACUCACCUCCAUCUCUUACUCAGCUGCACCUUCAGCACUUCAGACAAAAUACGCUUUUGUUAACCUGCCUAGAUUUGCUAGCAUGGGAGAAGAAAAAAAAAAGAGAGAGAGAGGGGAAAAAAAAGGAGGGACUUCUACUGUAGCUGCAUGUGAAUGUAAUUUGACUUCUGUAUUUGUUGCAGUCAAAUCACCUGACUAAAAUAAUAUUUCACUGGUUGG